UGGUAAAGAUGGAAAGAGGGAGAGGAGGAGGAGGAGGAGGAAGGAACCUGGGAGGCUCUGGCCUGCACAGGAGCGUUUAUUCCCAGUCCCAACAGCAGUACCACUACCCUGCCUCCUCCCAGGGGAGCUGCAUGGAGAUCCAGGAGCUGGCCUCCAAGAGGGUGGACAUCCAGAAGAAGCGGUUUUACCUGGAUGUGAAACAGAGCUCCCGCGGCCGCUUCCUGAAGAUCGCCGAGGUCUGGAUAGGAAGAGGCCGGCAGGACAACAUCAGGAAAAGCAAGCUGACCCUCUCCCUGUCCGUGGCUGCCGAGCUGAAGGACUGCCUGGGGGACUUCAUCGAGCACUACGCCCACCUGGGCCUGAAGGGCGGCCACCGGGGGCACGAGCACAGCAAUGACAAGGAGCAGCAUCCCCGGAGGCGGCAGCAGCACCCGCCGCCCUCGCCCCCGGUGUCCGUGGGCUCCGAAGAGCCCCCUCACAGCGUCCUCAAAACGGAGUACAUCGAGAGGGACAACAGGAAGUACUACCUGGACCUGAAGGAGAACCAGCGCGGGCGCUUCUUGCGGAUUAGGCAAACCAUGAGCAGGGGACCUGGCAUGAUGGGCUACUUUGGCCACAGCUUGGGACAGGAGCAGACGAUCGUCCUCCCGGCGCAGGGGAUGAUCGAGUUCAGGGAUGCUUUGGUCCAGCUGAUCGAAGAGUACGGCGAGGGGGACAUAGAGGACCGGCGGGGGGGAGGCGACGAGCCCCCGGAGCUCCCCGAGGGCACCUCCUUCCGAGUGGACAACAAGCGCUUCUACUUCGACGUGGGAUCCAACAGGUACGGCAUUUUCCUGAAGGUAAGUGAGGUGAGGCCGCCCUACCGUAACACCAUCACAGUCCCCUACAAAGCGUGGACACGGUUCGGGGAAAAUUUUAUCAAGUACGAAGAAGAGAUGAGGAGAAUUUACAACAGCCAUAAAGAAAAAAGAAUGGAUGCCAGAGGGGACAGUGGUGAAGAGCAAGAGGGUCUGGAAUAGAGUGCAUUGGACAAAUAACGAAACAAAACAAGCAGAAAUUGGUGAGAGGGACUGACCUAUAGUAAUUCCAAGUUGCCCCAAGUUUUUUGUAAAGUCCUUUUCUGGGAGUUCUUGCUAACUCUGGUACAUAAUGUUAUAGGAGUCUGGUUAUCACGUUAAAUUACACCCAAAACAUCUCCGUAUGUCUUAGGAAAGGACCAGCCUCCCGAGUCCGUAUGAGUCAGCUGCUUCGAGUGUUGAAGACUAUGGAAGUUCGCGUAUCAGCACAAACAAAAUCCGGCACUCUGACCUUUAAAUAGUCUAGAUAAGGCUUGUGUUGCACUUAAACAUGAUACAAAAGUACCCCCACCCCAAACCUUAAGAUGAAACGUAUCACUUUCUGCUUAUCACGGGUUUUCCUGGACUGGCUUCUGCCCGUGCUCGGUCCAAAGGCUGAGCAGUGCCACUGUAGAGCGUUCACGGCCAAAAUCAAAUCCACGUGAAUUGCUGGUCUGUGCGAGGAGGGAGAGAGGUUUUAAAAUUGGCAUCUGCUGGUUAUUGGGUGGGAAACAACAGUCUGUGUGGGUAAAACCUCGAUAACCAGUCAGACCUGGGUCACGUGCUGGUGAAGGGCAGAAGAUUUGUUACUCAUUCCGUAGUUUUGUGCUGACUGGAUAACCUGAGUCUCCCGGGAUAGCAGAGCUCUGCUCGAGCGCUAAGCCCUCUGAAUUAGUGGCAAUGAAUAAUAACCCACUCCUCAUCUCCGUG